CGCAAUUAAAAAUUUCUUAAAAAUUGUUUCAAUAGCAACAACAAUUUCAAUUUCCGACGUUUCCAAUCUUUUGCUCAUAGUUUCCUCUCCUUCUAACAUAUCCAGUGAUCCAGAAAAAGAUAUGAAAAUUUGAAGAUGCAGCAACGGUGCCGCCUACAUACGUAUGGAGCGAGGUCUCUAGUUAAUCUGCGCUACCGCCCCCUCCAAAAUCCCGGAAAGUCAAGAGCAAAGGGCAAAUAAUGGCUCUGCAACGUUAUUGAGAAAUUAGAGGCAGUUUGGGGUGCCCUAUAGAAUUGGUUGCUUCACUAUAGAGAUUGAGAACAUUUUAGUUCUUCAUGGGUGCAUCGUCCUUUUGCCGAGGGGCGAACAGUUUGAAAAAGUGAGGAAGAAGACACGUGAGGGAAAGGAAAAAAGGGACAAAGAAAGAGAAAAUGUGUUCGAUGAAAAUGAGUCAUUAUAAAUGUCAUGUAUUUUGCGACAGGGCAUGAUUCUAACGAGAUACUGACGUUAAGAUUAUCGGAGAAAUUUUUCUUGAUAGAGAUCCGACCUGAUCGAAUAGUGACCGUGUCUAUAUACACGCACGACUACUCUUUCCACGACUUUUUGGUUUACUAGUUUGGUGUUUACAUUGUAGAAUUUAUACGCUUCAUUGCUCUGUGCUCGUUUAAUUGUGGAAAAGGAUGUCAUUGAAACCCAAGCAAAUUGAUUUUAGCCAAACAUGGAAUGCACUGCAAAAGACUAUAGAGAGUAUAAUAACAUUGUCUAGUGUUCCACGUGCAGUAUGGAAUGACAGAUUCAGCGAUAUUUAUUCUUUGUGUGUUGCUUAUCCAGAAUCAUUUGAGAAUGAAUUAUACUAUGAAACGGAAAUGUUUUUAGAAAAGCAUGUUCUCCACUUGUUGUCAACAGUACUUGCUGAAAAUGAAUCUGGUCUGCUGCAGGCAUACCAUCGUGCUUGGUGCGAAUACUCACAGGGCACCAAGCAUUUACAUUGCUUGUAUUCAUAUCUAAAUGAACACCACAUUAGAAAGCAGAAGUUGUCAGAGGCUGCUAUCAUUUAUGGCACAUCUUUUGCAGUGUCUGCUAGUUACCAAGAACGGUUGCAAAUAGGAGAACUCGGAUUAGAUAUUUGGAAAAGAAAAAUGAUUAUACCAUUGAAGGAACAGUUGGUAUCUCAAUUACUAGAGUGUAUUCAUGCAGAUAGAGUAGGGGAAGCUCAAAUAACAAAUACAGAAGUUAUUUGUGGCAUUGUACAAAGUUUUGUUGAAGUUGAAAAGUACAGGUCGAGGGUAGUAAAGAUGAAAUUGUACCAAACCAUAUUUGAAGCACCCUUCCUUGAGGCCAGUGGACAGUUUUUUACAAGCCAAGCAUUUACCCUGCGACAAAAGUCUAAUAUAACGCAUUACAUGGAAAAAGUUUCGUCUCAACUUUUUCAGGAGGAGCUUCGCGCUCAUAAGUUCCUUCAUGCAAGUUCUGUGCCUAAAGUAAAACUGUGCUGUGAGGAGAAAAUGAUAGCCACGUGUGUAUCCUGGCUUCAUACAGAAGCAGAGAGCAUGAUAGACAAUGAAAGUAGAAGGGAUUUGUCGCUCUUGUAUCCACUGUUAAGGUCAUUACCUGAUGGUUUAACUCCUAUUGUACAAAAACUUACCGAACACAUCAUUCAGCAGGGACUAAAGGCCAUUGAAAAUUUACAGGGGGAGAAUGUACACACACAAUUCGUAGAGACCAUGCUGGAUGUGCAUAAAAAAUAUUCAGAAUUAAUCAAGGAUGUGUUCAAAGCUGACUUAAUGUUUGUGGCGGCUCUUGACAAAGCUUGCUCUGCUGUAGUGAAUCACAAAACAGUCGCACGACAGCCAGCUAGAGCACCAGAACUACUGGCUAAAUACUGCGACUCUUUGCUGAGAAAAUCGGCCAAGGCCGCGUCAGAAGUGGAAGUAGAGGAGAAACUAGCGAAUUGCAUCACUGUGUUCAAAUACGUCAAUGACAAGGACGUAUUUCAGAAAUUUUACGCUCGUAUGCUAGCGAAGCGAUUGAUCCAUCAGCAAUCAAAGUCGAUGGAUGCUGAGGAGUCGAUGAUCGAGCGUCUGAAACAAGCUUGCGGAUACGAGUUUACGAACAAACUUCAUAGAAUGUUCACCGACAUGUCGGUGUCAGCAGACCUGAACGCUAAAUUCACUGCUAGUUUACGGGAAGGUGACAGGGAGAACCAGUUGCGCAUAGGUUUUGUAGUAUACGUGUUACAAGCGGGUGCGUGGCCGUUGGCUUUGCCGCCAUCGCCAGGACCAUUUCACAUCCCCCAACAGUUAGAAAAAUCUAUACAGGCAUUCGAGGCGUUUUACCACGCACAAUUCAACGGUCGGAAGGUCACCUGGUUGCAUCACCUUUGCCAAGGUGAACUAAAGUUCAAUUACUUGAAGAAGCCCUACCUGGUGAUUGUGCAAACGUACCAAAUGGCGUUGCUGCUUCUGUUCGAGCACUGCAACUCUAUACAGUGUCGAGAAGCUGCAGCCUCGCUGCAUUUGUCGCACGAUCAGCUGGUAAAGCAUGCAGCUAGUUUAGUAGAUAGUACAAUUUUGAAAAAGUCUACGGAAGGAGAUCUGGAGGAGGAUACCGUCCUGUCGCUAAACUUCGACUAUUCGAAUAAGAGAACGAAGUUUCGUAUAACCGGUCCGUUGCAACGGGACGUGCCACAUGAAAACAACGACACCGAAGCCACGCAUCGCAGUGUCGAUGAAGACAGAAAAUUGUACCUGCAAGCAGCCAUAGUCCGUAUCAUGAAGAGUCGUAAGGUUUUGACACACAAUCAACUGGUACAGGAGGUACUCAGUCAACCAAAAAUAACAUUCAUUCCCUCGAUUGGCAUGAUCAAAAAAUGUAUCGAAGCCCUGAUAGAUAAGCAGUAUAUCGAGCGCACGCCGAACAAGGCAGAUGAGUAUUCGUACGUCGCAUAAUUUCAAUGUACCAUCUGUCACAAUCAUUAAUUUAUUUCGUUUGGGAUGCUCCGCUUGAUCGUUCAUGAUAUUAACAAACCUUUUGCUAACACUUAAACGAAAGUACAGUUGACUGUCGUAUACAUAUUUCAUAAAAGAAUAAUAAAUGAAAGAAAAGAGAAGAGGAUAAUGCCUAUGAGCAAUGAUAAUGCUCUCUAACGGAAUCUCGAAUGAAAGAUCAGAAGAAGCAUCCUGAAUUAUUUACUUGCUCCUAAAAGAUCAACCGAUUCAAUAACUUAGUUGACUCAAUGAUUUGUAAUAUAUGCACACCGAAAUAAAGCUAACGUUACUAAUAUUUUA